AUGGAAGCCGCUGGACUGAUGGACUCAUUUCCAUGUUUGGUUAUGCGAGGUAUUUGUGAUUAUGCCGAUUCACACAAGAACAACCAGCGGCAGUCGUAUGCUGCGGCCACAGCGGCUGCAUUCAUGAAAGAAAUGCUUUCGGUGAUACCACCCCGGGGUCGGCGGAAGUUCUUCGCAGCGGUGUAUCCUGCUCACUGGACCAUUACUCGUCCUGCCAACACGUUUACUGGUCGAGAGAAGAUUCUGUCCGGGCAGGAAGUCAUCGUCCAUGAUGCCAUAAAACGUCCAAUUCGUCAGAGUCUGUAUCGGAUUGUGAUCUCGGACAUUGGCGGCCAGAGCAAAAGUGAGCUCUGCCUCCAGCUCGCUCAAUGCCUGCGACAAUUGUGA